UGCUUUCAAAACAAAACAUUUUUUGCACAAUUUCCAAAGUAUUUUUGUAAUUCAAAAACCUUUUACUUUGGGCAAACGAGUACAGUACCUAAUAAAAGAGUGCUUCAAUAAAGUUUUAGUCUCCGUUGAUAUUCGUGGUAAGCCAAAAAAAUAACUUAACCUUGUUAACAAGUUCGAACGAAAAAUGCCACCAAAGAAAAAUUUAGAAAAUAAAACGCCAACUAAAAAGGCACCAGGGAAGAAACCCUCAAAACCUAGAGUUCGACAAGUGAAACCUAAACUGAAAAUUCCUACUGUGAUUAGAAUUAAGAUUCCACCAGAAAAUAAUUCUGGGAACAUGUUGCCAGAAAUAACUCAAAUUAUAGUACCAACUCCAAAACUAACUAAGAAGCAGUUAUAUUUGGAAAGGAAGAUGGAUUUGGCCAAUGAAGUUGCUGCCGCUCAACUCUGUAAAAAACCAGCUAAAGUAGAAACAGAACAGACACCAGACAUCAUUGUGCCACCAAAACCUAAAGCCAAGAGAGGGAGAGCCAAAAAAACAGUUGAGCCAACAGUUGUAGUUCCCGAUCCAGUGGUUGUUUGUUCUGAACCUGAACCUAGCACUAGUGCAAGCAUCCCCACCGAUUCAGAAGAGGCAUUUGAAGUAGCAGUACCUAAGAAAAGGAAAUACGUUCGCAAGGAUCCCACAAAGGCAGCUGAGAAGAAACCCGAAACUGUCAAAGCAACCAGAGGUAAAAAAUCCUUGCCAUUGACUCCAGUAAACAAGACUUUGAAACAGACCAAACUUACCGACGUGAAUUCAGGCAUAACAAAAACAACGAAAACGACUCCAAGAGCAAAAAAGAGUUCGCCCAUCGCAGCACCAAUUACCAGGUGUAACACUAGAAGUAGAAAAUUAAACACAGGUAAGACUGAAACAGAAGAAUCUCAGAAAACGGAUGUCCUCCAAUCUCCAUCCAUCUUGGAUCAAGUAGGAGUUCCCACUCUGAAAAAAGAAUUCACCUCAUCAGCUGACACCACCAAAACUGACCCUUACGUCGAACCAGGUGCUAUAGAUUCCCGCAAAACUUCGUUAACAUCUGAAUGCUUAUCUUGGACUAAAGACAUAUCUAGUUCCAGCACGACAUCGUGUGUGACAGUUUGCUCAACAGAUUUCGUCCGAAUUGACAAAAAAAUGCCCAUCAUCAAAAUAACUCCGACAACCGCCCAUCUCAAUCAACCGUUGAACCGCCCACCGUCCACAAUCAAAGAAAACAAUAUGGACGUUGAUAGUUCAUCUUCUUCAGACUCGGAUAGUGACUCUUCCGAAAACUCCCCACCUCAGAGCUUGAGGAGUUUCAAAGAAUUCCCUCCAGACCUAGAAUCUCGUUCGUUAGAUUUAAGCACAUCGUCAGUAUCACCAGUCAAAUCGCGUACCCCGUUAAAUAGCUGUAAAAAUAGCGAUAACAAUGAAGAGAUUAGUAAAAUCAGCAACGUGAUAGACAAGCUCGCGUCAAAAUUGAAACAUUUCGAUCUGGAGAUCAUCAACUGGAUAGGCUACGAGCACGAAGAAGUUGACAUGGACAGAAAAGAUAUUCAAGAUAUCUUUAGAGUGCUGAAAGAGGAAAACGAGGUGAUCACUCAGUGUCGACAUUUGAGGACGUUGCUAACGGGCAAGGUUGUCGAAGAUACCUAUGAAAUGGAACCUGUUCCGAGCAAGGUGGACACGCCAAACACAAACAAGUUCUUGGACUCGAAUCAACACGUUUUAGAAGACACCCCAGCUGUCCGCGAUCCGAACGAUCAAAUCGCCCAGCCAGUCGUCAGUGCGAUAUCUGAGGGUAGCGAAAACAUGUUCACAUCAGACAAAGUCAAGCACGUCCCGUUCGAGCAGAGCUACGACGAUGAUGACGCAUUAUCGCUAUUCGCCGAGAGCAUCACGGGCAUAGAGUCUUCGAGAGUGAACAGCUCGGCCACGUCGUGCACGGCCGGCGAGUACGAGGAAUACGUCCCCCUUCCCGUCAACAGCGACAAGUGGGAGCCGGCGAAGAGGAUCAGUUACGUGCCCACCGCGAUCGACAAACAAAUCGACGUCAGAACGAGACCCGUGUGCGAGAAACAAAACGCCGAUUCCACGUCCAUCAACAAGGAUUCCGAACAAUACAGAGACACCCCAGUCCAGAAAAACAUUACGCCUUUAAGAAAUAACGCCACGCCGAACAAGAAACCGUGUCUGAUGGCCUACGUUUUUAAACCCCUAGCGGGAAUGAAGAGUGGAGUCUUUCGGGGCAUUUGCUUCUUCAAUAUCUUGUCCAGUUGCAAAAAUACCAGCUGCCGGUUCCCUCACGUGGUCCCGACUUACGACGAGAUAAAUGCCAAGAUCGUGAGAGUCAGCGAGGAGACUUUCAUUCAGGAGUACAUAUUGAUGCGCAACUGGCCGACUUUGCGGCGGAAAUAUGGCAUGUGCUUUGUGCACGAGUGCAUAAGGAGGGACCUCACCAGGAUCCUCGUUGAAAUGGGCCUGGAUUUCGUCAUGAAAGAGAACGACAGCUGCUGGGAAGACGCUGUGUUAAAAGUGGAAGUGAUCGAGUGUGUUUUGUUGCAUCUCAAUACGGUCGAUUUGAGCGUGUGCGAAGACCUGUUGUGCUACAAGCAUCAAGGGCAGAUGCUUUGCGAAAUCUUCAUGCAAGCGAUCGCGAACACUCAAAACUUCUCGAGAUUCAAGCCGGUUUUCAUAAAACUCACCAAGUUUAUUUUGAGUCAAGAUAGGACUUUUCCAUUGGAGGUUGCUACCCAGAUUUUGGAGAGGAUAUGUAUAUUACCAUCUGAGCUGCCGCUGUUGGACGCUUUGUUGGCUAUCGUGAAGAAUACUGACCAGAAGAUUCUGCGGAACGGAAUGUUGGGUCACUUCGAGAAUCAGUUGUCUGUUGCAAACAAGGAGAUGUAUGAGCAGCUGCUGAAGAUGAAGAAAGAUGCUAGUAUGUGCCGGCCAGUUCUGCAGAACCUGUAUGAGCCGUCGCCGAGGCCAGCUGAGAUUGAGCCGGUGGUGGCUAAGCCGCUAGUCAGUGAGCGAGAGAAGAGAUAUACUUCACCGGACACAACCAAUCUGGACACUAUGAACAAACCCUCCGAAGAGCCGGCCAUAACGCGAACGGUGGACUUCAACAGAGCGCCUCACAUGUUCACGAUCCAACGGAGUUUCAGCAACUCCAAUACUUCCAAUGACAGUUCAGAGGAGUUCAGGCCACAGGUUGUGUUCAAACCGAACUUCAACUGGCGAGGGCGCGGCUUCCGUAUGCGAGGCAGGGCCCCGGGACACAUGCGAGGGUCCCCGGGACACAUGCGAGGGUCCCCGGGACAGAUGCGCGGGUCCCCGCGACCCAUGGUCAAAAGACACGUCCAUCAGCAGAAUUACGGACCCAGCCCUUCUGUAUGUAUAUCUAAAACGGUACCGAACAGGGAACUGAUAACGUAUGACGAUAUUUGGUAGUUUUUGAUAUGUAUUUUUUUCUAGAUCAUGGAGAUUCAUUUGAUGCUGUGUAAUAUUCAUUAUGUUUUCUAUUCAUUUCACAGCGUAGAUGAAAGGUCUUACAGAUUUUUUGUAAAUGAAAACAUUGUUAGAAGUAUUAUUGAAAUAUAUUUUAUAGUACCUUUAUUAAUCUCAAUCGGCUAUUUAGUAAUCAUUUAUUAUUAUAAAUAUAAUAUCAUUAUGUAAGUAUUUGCCUUAGUGUUAGAAAUACUCUUUUUGAGAAAAUUAUUAUUUUAUUUACAUACAGUGUGUCCCAAAAAGUAGUGUCAAGCCGAAAGCCAGAGGUAGAGAAUCACUAGGGCUAUCCAAAUCACCACCAUGUAUGUUCCGCAAUUUUUGAUAGUUUUCGAGUUAUGAUUGUUUCAAAUUUCUGUGCUUAGGCAAUUUUUUGGUCACUAUGGUGCGAAUAGGCAAGUUCCAUGCCUGAUUUUUUUAAAUUAUUAGAUGAAUACGCCUAGCUGAUUCAAAAGUAUUUACAUCCAUAACACGAAUGUAAACUAAAAUAAUGUAUGCUGUAAAAAACAAUUAUAACUUGAAACCUAUCGAAAUUCACGGUGAUUUGGAAAGAAAGAAAGAAAAAAUGUUUAUUUGGCACCAAAUUACAUGCAUUUCUUAAAAACCUACACAAUAUUUAACUUAUUCUAAUUUGGGUAGCCCUGGUGAUGCUCUACCUCUAAGCAUCGGCUUGACACUACUUUUUGGGACACCCUGUAUAUUUAAUAAUGUAAAAUAUUUGAUCUUCCUUUACUUAUUUACUGGCCAUGUAUACUUAGUUCAUUCUUUUUUCAAUGUUAUUGUUCUCGAUUGGAAAAACUUCAAUUUUCACUUUAAAAACGCAAUUAAACAUGUAUUAAGGCUUACAUAAAAGUUGAAUUUCUCUUCAAAUACUUAUUUAUACUGAUAAUUUUGUUCCAGAAAUUUCCACGCAGAUCUGGGGACUUUUUCUAGCGGAGAGCUUACUUUUAGAUUAUAUGUUAAUUAGUUCAUGACGAUCUGUGGUGAUUUUGUCAUGAGUUUUCUAUUUUUUACUUAUGUAACUAAAACAAUUAACGCUUAACUCUAAGACGCUCUAGCUACAUAAAUUCAUAGUUAAAUAUCGUUUUUUGAUUUACAAUAAUAUUUGAAUUUUGGUCUAACCGUUUUUGUAACGUUUCGAAAUUAAUGCAUUUAUAGAUAUACUAAGAAGUGACGUCAUUGUGCAGUUUUUAUAUCUAUAGACAAAUUGCAAAGUGACAGUAAAAACAUUGUGUUAGCACAUCAACCACAAAAUAUCCUCAACCGAUUUUGGAACUUACGCAAACUUACUUACUUAUUAUGUCUUAACAUAUAAUUAAAAAUCUAUUACGGAUUAUGUAAGUUUAUGGUGCUUCAAAAAAAUGGAGCGUCUUAGAGUUUCGCAGUACAGGGUGUUGUAUAAAAUAUUAAGUAUUACUUAGUCGCUAAAGAAGAUAACUAAACUACAAGUAUCAAAAAACAUUAUUUGGUGCGUCAAAGCUGGCAUUUAGAUUUUAAGCUUAUAUUUUUGUAAUGCAAGAAGCUUUACCUUUCAAAAUGUGAUGUAAAAAGGACAAAUAUAUCCACAGGUUUUAUUAAGUUUAGAUAUCCGUAUGACAUGUUUUAAAUUUUAGAUUAGGUUGCUGUUUAGAUUAGAUUUUAAAGGACAUAAAAUGUGCCUGACAAAAUUUCAAGUUAUUAAUGCUAUUUUUAUCUUUUCAAACGUAGUUAAAAUUUAAAUUCAAAUAACCUUUUCAUCUUAAGUUCAGAGCCUAACAUUAAACUGUAUGGAUUCAAUUUUGAUCUCCGAUCUAUACUAAUAAUGUUAUAAAGCUGAAGAGUUUGUUCGUUUGCUUGAACGCGCUAAUCUCAGGAACUACUGGUCCGAUUUGAAAAAUUCAUUUUGUGUUGGAUAGCCCAUUUAUCGAGGAAGGCUUUAGGCUAUAUAAGAUCACCCUGCAACUAAUAGGGGAGGAGCAGUAAAGAAAAAUGUUGCAAAAACGGGAAAAUUUAUUCAAACUAUUUUCACGCAUACGAAGUCGCGAACAGCCAGUAUCUGAUACGACGUUUCGCGCUCUAAGCCUAAGCGCAGGCCACCGAUUUUUAGUCUGCCAAUAGUUGCGCCCGAUUCUAAUUUGUAUGAAGAAUCUGCCGAUGUAAUGUGCGCACUUUCAUACAUCUCCAUACUGAUCAACAGCCCGAUCCAACUAUCCGCCAACUAAAAAUCGGUGGUCUGCGCGUAGACUAAAAUGUAUCUAUCCUCAACAUGAUGAAUUUCCGCUAUAGAUUCUGAGCCUUGCAACGAGACGAUUAAGUACAAAUUUGAUUGGCGGAAAUUCGUCAUAUUGUAGGUCUAUGAUUUGUAAUUGCACGAAAAUAGUCUUGAAUUAAAUCCCACUAGUCUUGGGGUUCUGGAAUUAAAAUAUAAGUUUUUUUGGGUUUUUUGUACUGUAUUAUCAAAAAUUCAUAUCUUUGCCAUAUUAUAUUUUAAGCGUUGAUAUUAAUUUCAUAGUCCUAUGUUAUAGUUUACGUUUGUGUAAAAAUGUAAAUAGGACAGAUAUUUUUAAGUAAAUAAUGUGACUUCAACGAGCUAGAUAUCUCUACUAGAUAUUGGUUUCAAAAUAUAGGUGCGUUUUUAAUAAAAGACGUCAAAGAUUGCCUAUUAUAUCUGUUUCCUUUUUUGUGAAAUAAAGGAAACACAUUAAAAUAUUAAAUUCUAGAACUCUGUACAGCUGAUCUGGCCUUUUAAUGAAAUAUUUUAACGACAAAAUGCGAAUUUCAUUUGCAAAUGGAUGCUGUUUGGCAGCUUUUUUCUCUAAAUGCGGUAUCCUGUAUUUUUUCAUGUUAAAAUGAUUGAUAACUUUUUGGAAUAGGUCAAGUUUAGAUAUGUAAGAGGUCAUUUACGUAUCAUAAUAGUGUUAUGUAUAACCACUAUGCUAUGUAUGUACGGGUAUAAAAAUAAGUUUAUACUUUUCGACUCGCCAAUACUUAAAAGUUCCUAGUAAGAAAAUAAUAAUCGUAUUGUGAAAUGUCACUCAAGAUAUACAAAUCUGAAAAAUUUAAGUCGCAGACUUAAAAAAUACACUCAAAAAAUACUGAAAAAUUUAAGUCGCAGACUUGAAUUCGAAUUAUCGUACGCGAUAAAUGCUAAUAAUAUAGUGCAAGUCAUAAAAUUCUAAUGAUUCAAGAAUACUUCUGGCGAUACAUAUCCCAUUUGAUCAAAAUAGACCAUAUUGAAGUACUUCUUUUUCAAAUUACUGCCAAAUAAUACUAGGUAAUUUGAGUUUUUUUGUUUAGAUAAAUAUUUAUAACUUCGAACCGGCCUUAUAUAAUUGUUAAAUUCUUUUGGACUGACACUAUUUAUUCUAUAGAUCCGGUGCGUUUUAGCGUAUUAAAUUUAGCAUAAGAUUCCUAUAGUGUAUCAUAGUGUGAUUCAUACAUUUUACUAGCAUUUGUAUGACAACAAGCAUUCUGACAUUAAAAAAACUUAAUUAUGUAUAAUUUUCGUGCACAAGAGACUGAGUACAGGAUCUAUGAGAUAGAUCAGUAUUCAAAUGACUUUAGUAUGUAAGUAGAUAGGUGUUUUGUUAACAAAUUAAAAGAGAAUCUGUUUAUUUAUUUUUAUCAAUGGCUUAGUGCCUUUUUUCUGUGAUGAGGAUUGUGCACGCGUGCGGAUUUGGUCCGCAUUUCAUUAUAUCAUACAUGUUUUUCUAUUACGCCGGCUACACAAAUACAAUAGUAAAUCUUUGUCCUGCGUGGGCUUAUUCCACUAUUCCCCGUUAACGCCAAUUGGAGCUUAUAAUGGGGAAUAAUGAACUAAAAAGUUCAUUAAUUUAUAUUAGGAUUUUAUUUUGAAGAUUCGCACGCGUGCCCAAAUCCUCAUCACAAGAAAAAGGCAAUGAGCUUUAAAAGUAUAACAUUUUCUAAUAAAAGUAAAUACCUCAA